CGCUUUUAAUCUUUUGUGCUAAAGUAGAGGGACGAGAUAAACCUUUUUUGAAUUUGUAUCCAUCCAUGAGAAUGAAUUGUUAAUAAAUACUUCUGUUUCUUGCAAAUACUUAGACUGGUUAUUAUAAUUCUUGCUUUUACUUUACCCACUCUUUCUCCUUUUCUCCUAAUGCUUUAAAUUAGCUUAAUGCAAACCCAUCAAGAUCCUUCCUUGCAUUAGCCUAUAGAAAAACAAGAACACCAAAACAAACACCAAAGCAAGAACUCAAGCAAUUCGAAUCAUACCCUCAUUGUCAAUUUGCAUUUUAGCUUAUACCCAGAAAGCCAAAACAGUUGAUGAUGAUGAUAUUAGCACCACAAACAAUGGCUGAGAUGUGGGCAACAAUGGGGUCAACAAUAGCAAGUUUGAUGUUUCUUUGGGCAAUCUUUCGGCAAUACUGCCCGUACGAGGUUCGACGUUACUUUGAAAAAUACAGUCAAAGAAUCAUGACAUUUUUCUAUCCCUACAUUAAGAUAUCAAUCCACGAGUACACCGGUGAUCGUCUCAAGAGAAGUGAAGCUUAUGCAGCUGUUGAGGCUUACCUUAGUCUCAACUCAUCAAAAUGUGCAAAAAGGCUCAAAGCUGAGAUGGGUAAGGACAGUAGUAACUUAGUACUAAGCAUGGAUGAGUACGAGAGGGUGAUCGAUGAAUUUCGAGGCGUUAAAGUUUGGUGGGUGUCGAGUAAAGUCGUUUCACCGAGUCAAUCCAUGUAUCCGCAGCAUGAAAGGCGGUACUAUAAGCUCACUUUUCACAAGAAAGAUAGGGAUAUGAUAACCGAGGCUUACUUGCAGCAUGUGGUAAGUGAAGGGAAGGAAAUUAGGGUUAGAAACAGGCAAAGGAAGCUUUAUACUAAUAGUCCUAAUUAUAAGUGGCCAAGCUACAAGCAAACUAUGUGGAGUCAUAUAGUUUUUGAGCAUCCUGCUACUUUUGAUACGAUGGCUUUGGAACCAGAAAAGAAGCAAGAGAUUAUUGAAGAUCUUGUUACUUUUAGCAACAGUAAAGAUUUUUAUGCAAGAAUUGGAAAAGCAUGGAAAAGAGGGUACCUUCUUUAUGGUCCACCAGGAACAGGAAAAUCCACCAUGAUUGCUGCAAUGGCUAACUUUUUGAAUUAUGAUGUUUAUGACUUGGAGCUUACUGCAGUGAAAGAUAAUACCGAGUUACGGAAGCUUUUGAUCGAAACGACUAGUAAAUCGAUCAUUGUGAUUGAGGAUAUAGAUUGUUCUCUCGAUCUUACUGGUCAGAGAAAGAAGAAAAAUCCAGAGAAAUGUUUGGAUGAUGAGAAAGAGAAGGAAAUUCAUCGUAAGGAACUUAAAGAGGAGGCCAGCAGUAGGGUAACACUUUCGGGGCUAUUAAAUUUCAUUGAUGGGUUAUGGUCUGCUUGUGGAGGCGAGAGACUAAUUGUCUUUACGACUAAUUACGUGGAGAAGCUCGAUCCUGCAUUGAUAAGAAGGGGUAGGAUGGAUAAGCACAUCGAGCUUUCUUAUUGCAGUUUUGAGGCAUUCAAGAUUCUAGCGAGGAAUUAUUUGAAACUCGAAAAACAUAAAAUGUUUGAUACAAUUCAGGGGCUAAUCAAGGAGACAGAGAUCACACCUGCUGAUGUUGCAGAGAACCUGAUGCCCAAGUCCCCACAGGAUAAUGCAGAGAAAUGUCUAUCAAAUUUGAUUCAAGCACUCCAAGAAGUUAAAGCAGCAGAAACUCUUGAUAAAGACAAGGAAGGAGAAAUAAUGGAGACUGGAAGAGAAGCAGGUAAAGAAGAGGCAGAGUACCCGAGCAAGGUCGCUGGAGUUGGACCGCAUGAAAAUGGAGAAGCUGAUAUACAACUGUGAACAAGCUCCUUCCCAUAGGUUCUUCUAUUAAAUAUUCUCACUAGCAUAAGUUUUCCUGCAAGAUUGAAGCAAUUACUAAUAGUAGAAAUUUCAAAAAAAAAAAUUACAACUCAAAAUUUAAGGCUGCUCCAGCAUUUCCAUGAAUUAUAAACAGCACAAUGGAAUUUUAUCCAUUAA